AACACCUACGAACUGGACUCUAAAACAAAUCAUGAUUCGAAAAUGGCUGCUUCUGCGAUAAAGGCGAGUUUUUCAAGGAUAGUAUGCUAUAAAACAUCACAACAUGCUAGUAGAAUUGUUGCACAAAGAAGAAUUUCUAAUUCCGUUGCUGGGAAAACAGAAAAUGAUGAACAGAAGGUUGAAAAAUUAGCAUUAGAGCACAGUGAAGUGUGGGCAGCCAAAAAAAGCACACUUUAUACAGAAGUGGAAGAAGUGAAAGAUAGAUGGCAUUUUGUGGAGAGGCUUUUUCCUCUUCCUGUAAUUCCUAAAUUUCCUCAGCAAAAGGAAAUUCCAAGUCCUGCAGGCUGGAUUCCUCCAGCAGAAUUAACUCCUGAUUUGCCAUACUUCAUAUCAAGAACAAAAAAUCAUAUGCUACCAGUAUAUUUGAAGAAGGAAAUAAGGGGACCACGAUUUCUAACAACUGUGCGACUUGUAGAAGGGAAUUUGUGGGCUUUAGAAAAGGAUCUCAAGGAGCAUCUUGAAAGGAAGUAUGAAAAAGAAAUUACUUCUCAAGUCCAUGAGGUUGUAGGAUAUGUCAGAUUUAAGGGUGACUAUGUAGAGGAUGUUAAAAAAUGGCUUUAUGAAAAAGGAUUUUAAAUAGAUCUUUCAUCAGUUUUGUUGCAUUAUAACUUUAUAAAUGUUACUUAUGUUUAGUUUAGUAGAAUCAAAUACAUAACAUUGACACCCUGGUUGUUUUGUAAAUAGUAAACAGAUUCUGCAAAUAAAGUAUUAAGCUGUCA